UCAACAUGUGACGCUAUACGGUGGCCCGCUUUGCCUUUACAGCGAAAGUAUCGUAAUUUAAUCUAAUACUUGUUUAGCCUAAUAACAGCUACUGUCGAAUCCUACGACUUCAACAUCACUACGCAGUGUGUUAUUACCUGCGCCAUUAUACUAUUUGGUACUACUGUGUAAUCAUCAAACUAUAAACCUACAGUGUAAUAGCGAAUGGAUUUUUGCCCUUCAUCUAACCGUAGUUAAACGCAUGCGCAUUACGUAUUUUAUGUGACGCCUGAUUCGGUGCAAUAGUGUUGUUCACGACUACAAGUCAAACUACAAGUCUUUGUAGUUUGAGGGAAAGCAGUACACAUUUCUACACAUAUCUUAUUUUUUAUUGAUUUCAUGGCUCUCAGGGGUUGUUGGAGAUACGCUGGUGUAAUACCAAGGUUGUUGUUGUUGAACAGUGAGGGCGUUCAUGUUGCCUGUCUCUCAACAAGACCACUGGGAAGCCUUCCUAACACUCGCUCCUCUAUUUCAGAUGUGCUGCCUACUAAAUGGUCAAUACGCAAUUUGAGCUCCACAACAAACACAGAUGUGAGCUACGAUCAGCUCAAACAGGAUCUUGCUGGUCGGACUGCUGUGGUCAUAGAUGUCCGGGAGCCGUGGGAGCUUAGGGAGUAUGGCACCAUCCCAGGCUCCAUUAACGUUCCUCUGGCCCAGGUAGAUGCCGCCCUCCAACUUAACCCUGAAGACUUCAAGGAGAGGUAUGGAGGUGAUAUGCCAGAGCCGGCUGAUAAGAUCGUCUUCUCCUGCCUUGCUGGCAUCAGGAGCAAGAAGGCGCUAAACACGGCCGCACUGCUGGGAUACAAAGAUGUUCUGCAUUACCCUGGUGGAUGGCAAGAAUGGGCACAAAAUGAGCAGCUUAAACCUAAUUGAUAGUGCGUGAACUGCAGUGCCAUAUGGCAAUUUCCUUCAUGCAUCGCUCACCAAUGUUAAGGUUUAACGUGACUAUGAAUGUCCGUGGCCAGGACUGUCCGGGCACUUCACGAAUGCCUCAUCUCAGUGACUAAAUUCUGCUUAAAAUGCCAAGAAAAUCCUGUUUCAAUAUGACGGAAUACACUACGCCGAUCAGUCUAUAUGUUGGUGCCUCAAUACUGAAAAUGAAAGCGUAUUUGGCAAAGUCAUUAUUUGCUUGCAAUAAAGCAGUAACGCUUAUUUGAUUUAAUAAUUUAUUAUACAUUUUUAAACAAUCUACUGUCAGACCAGAGGGUUCAUGAUCGUCGUUGAAGCUUUCGACAAUGCGAACUGCUAGCUCCUUUUGUCUCAUAUUUAUCUGUACUCAACACUCAAAAAGCAAUACUUUACAAACUUUACAAAUGAUUUUGUAUAAGAAUCUACUAGUACACAGGUUGGUCAUUAUUUCAGCUAUUGUUUUUGUUUUGAUAUGUCUAUAUUUAAGCAUUCAUUCUUAACCAGCAACUGCCAUUUUCAGAGAAUCUAUGCAAAUGCCUAUCGCUUUAGAAUUGAUCUGAAAUCAUUAAAUGUGAAAUUUUGAUUCAGUAUUUUGAGUUAACAUAUGAGUCCUAUAUUUAAUUCUUAAAAUUAAAUAUAGGACUCACAAAUUCCUUGUUGCCAGUAUGAUUCAAUAAAAAAAAUUCAAUUGGA